AUGUUAGAGUCAUUGCGGUAUCUUCGAUUAUUACCAGAAGAAAAAAUCAAAUAUCAAUCACAACCAUUCGAUGCUAAAAAGCAAUGUUGGGUACCUGAUGCAAAAGAAUGUUUUGUAGAGGGUAUAAUUGAAAGUACAAAUGGAGAAGAGGUAACAGUGCAAAAAGACAAAGGAGAGGUAUGUACAUGUAUAGCGUUAAUUCCAUGUAACCCUAGUGAUCGAUUCUUACAAAAGAAUCUGAUAGGAAUCUGAUAAGGAACUUAUAAGAAUCCGCUAUCACUCGUAUAAGAAUCUUAUUAGAUUCUUAUUAAAUUCUUACAUAAGAAGUCCGCACGA